CCACAGGGAGGGAUAAAAUGCGGCCCCUGCCCAGCCUCCUGCCACUCAGGACACUGCAGCCAGGAGGUGACGAGGAGGAGCCACCAAGACCACGACGCGCCUUUCCUCUGUGGACCCCUAGGAUGUCGGAGCUGGAGAAGGCCGUGGUGGCCCUCAUUGACGUUUUCCAUCGGUAUUCCGGAAAGGAGGGCGACAAGCACAAGCUGAAGAAAUCCGAACUCAAGGAGCUCAUCAACAAUGAGCUUUCCCACUUCUUAGAGGAAAUCAAAGAGCAGGAGGUUGUGGACAAAGUCAUGGAAACACUGGACAACGAUGGAGACGGCGAGUGUGACUUCCAGGAAUUUAUGGCCUUCGUUGCCAUGGUUACCACUGCCUGCCACGAGUUCUUUGAACACGAGUGAACUAGAGAAAACAACCAUGCUGUUCCUGCAGCGGAGACAAAGAUCCCAGGAGGAAGCAGGGAGCAGCGGCGUGCAGGCUACUAGGAGCUGAGCUUCCGCCGUGUUGUAGUGAAUUAGGGAGCUUGAUUUGCUUUGUGAAUGAAAAAUUGAACCCUCUCUGCUGGGGCUGUUUGCAAUGGCUCCAUCACACUCUGCUGUAUUAGGCACCUUGCUAGCUGACUGGCCCCAGCGGCCUUUGGUAAUAAUCACUUAGGAGAGUCAGUGCUGUCACAAAGCGCAUGCUAUCCUGGCUGCCAUGGCUGUAGAAUCCUAACCUAAAAAACACAAAGCUGACUACCAAAACAGAGUGGACAUUUGUGGUCUCCUUAAGUCUCCACUACACUUAAAAUCGCAAAGUUCUGCUCACCAUCCUUUGGAAAGGAUGCCCUUCCUUAAAUUUGUUCAUCAUCAGUGUAAAUGACACCCGAAGUAGUCAGAGGAUCUGACAAUGCUGUCCCACUCGCCCACAGAGCAUGGUCACAUUUAGAUCCCUUUUCCUAUGGUGAGCUGUGAUUACUGAGUAAAUACAGAGAAUGCCAAAAAAUGUAUAUACAUUAUAAGAAAGAAAAAAAAACUAUUAAAAUUGUAAUACUCGA